ACAGCGGGGUGGAAGCAGAGAGGAGGCUGCUGGAAAAUGUGAAGCAGAGCGGUUCCUUGUCUUGUCCCGCGAAUACGCUGUUGAGUGAGAUGCUGCUUCCCGAAGACUCGACCUCCUGGAGCAUCUCGUUCGCCGGCUGCGGGUUCCUGGGCAUUUACCAUAUCGGCGUUGCCAGUUGCCUGUUGGAACACGCUCCGCAGCUGGUCCACAACGCCAGCAACAUCUACGGCGCAUCGGCCGGAGCGCUGACAGCCUGUGCCCUGGCCAGCGGAGCUUGUCUCGGAGAAUGUGGCGCAAAUGUCAUUGAUGUUUCCAAAGAAGCACGCAAAAGGUUUCUGGGUCCACUCCACCCUUCCUUUAACUUGACAAAGAUCAUCCGUAGCCGGCUUUACAAAGGACUUCCAGACAAUGCACACGAGCUGGCAACAGGUCGACUGGGCAUUUCGUUGACCCGUGUCUCUGAUGGCGAGAAUGUUCUGGUGACAGUUUUCAACAAUAAGGAGGAGCUCGUCCAGGCCUGUAUAUGCAGUGCGUUUAUUCCUGUGUACUGUGGACUAAUACCCCCAGCACUGCAAGGAGUGAUGAUGCGGGAUUUGUGCAAACAAGGAUACAGUGAUGCACUUGACUUUCUCCAGAAGAAUGCUCUGCUGAACCAGCGACAACCUUUGCGCAGUCCUUCCCAGUCAGCUUCAGGUGAAUGCGAUACAGCUGAUGACGUUGAGGAAGAUUUAACUGUUCAACUGUUAGACCGGGUCAGUAAGAAGGAUGACCAGAUCCUGGCACAUCUGUCACCGCAGCUGCACAAAGCACUAAUUGAAGCCUGUGCUGACCAACGAGGGUUUCGUGCAGUCUUUUCAAACAUGCUGCCAGUCCGCCUAGCCUCGAUUCUUAUGCUUCCUUAUACCUUGCCUCUGGAAUCUGCAAUCUCGUUCACCAUAAAAAUGUUAGAAUGGUUGCCUGAUCUGCCAGAAGACAUUGACUGGAUGAAAGGCCAGUUUGCCAAUAUUUUGUGGUACAUUGCUACGAAUGCUAAGGCAAAACUGGGACAUCAUCUUUCAACAAGGCUGCAAUGCAGUACAAAGUUACAAAGGACCCAAAGCCUUUUCAUAUCAGAGAGACCAUCUCCCUACACCUCAGUGAAGAAGUGGAUCCGGAGCAAUACUUCUGUGAGGGAUCUGAUUUCCAAAUGCGAAGCAUACCAGCGUCACCUCUGGCCCAGCAUGCUAUCACUCAACUGGGAAAUGCAGGCCUCUGUCUUUCAGGAUGAUCUCAAUUCCGGCUUAGAGAUGAAACCCUCUAUCCACCAUGGGGACCAGAUCUGACCAUGAGAAGGAGCCUCCUUCCACACACACGUAGCAAUUCUUCCUGUCAGUGUCAUGUCACCUGCAGAUAUUGUUGUUAUACAAGCGUUCGUAUGUUUUUCUUAUGCACCAGCAUGCCGCAUGGAAAUGAACUGCUUGAAAACUUGUGGAAUUAUGCAUUCCACGCAAACCAUGCUUCCUGACAAACUUCUUCCAUUUGAGCAAACUAUUUUCUAUGAACCACUUUGCAGUUGUUUGCAACCACUAAGUUUGGGAUACAUCUAGUUUAGAACUUCAGUAGAGCAGUACCCUGAUAAAUAGCCAAUGCGUGUAAUUACUGUUUUUAAGGUUUGAAAGUGAAGGUCAUAAAAUAAAGCAUGAGGACUUCCUGCUGCCAGUUCAGCCUGCCUGUCUGAAAUCUUCAGCCUGUCCGCCUUGGCCUAACUGGAACCUUAAAGUGACCAAUUGACAGUUGCCUUCUGAUAGAUCUGCAGCUCUCCAAAGUGGCACUUCCUAUUGAGAUAGGUGAAAGUUUUGUCUGUAAUACAAUUAACAUUGGUGUUGAAUUGCUGCAGAGUAGCUGUGAACGUCACGAGUGGAAACCCCACCUUGACCAUUCCGCCCACAAAUCCCUGGCUUUUCAGUCUGAGGGUUGGUAUUGAUGGCACCUUCCCUAUAAAAUCCACCAAUGCUGUCAACAAACUAAGAAAAAACUUUGAUUCAGACAUUGCAGUCCAAGAAUUUUGGAAUGGUACCGGAGACUGAAACUGGCUAAAGUGAUGCAUUUAAAUUCUCUCCGUGUAUUGUGCCGUACAAACUGUCAGAAAAGUUUUUUUUGUUACCUGUUCUAAGGUCAGUCUGCUCUCGUGCUCUCUCUAUUUGCAUAUUCUCCUUUGUAAAUAAUUGCUGUUCUUUGGCAAUCAAUCAAUAAUCACACACAAUGUUACUGUACAGGAUUUUAAACCUGUUAGGAUUUGAUAACAAUUAUAAAGCCUUUCCUGCAGAAAACUUCCCCUGAAAUCUGUAAACCACCCUUAUUUAUACAUCUUGCCAAGUUUUUCCUCACUCUGGAGAUGCACUGACCCUUGCUUCAUAAAUCUCUGGUCUAUUUCGACAAUGCCCACACUCCAAGUGUUUGCAUUUUCACCUGUCAAGGGCACGACACAAAAAUGUGAUCCUUCCUCCUGCAAUUGUGUUUGCCCUUUCGUGCAUGUACGAACACGCAUCCUUUUCUCUUUCCCUUUCUCCUUUCACACUACAAAUUCUGUAGAUUUGAUUUUUUUUUAAAAUUGUCCCCUAAAUAUUGCACUAAUUCCACCAUUCUACCCCUAAACCACUAAACCAUUUUCAGUACGGGACUGUUUCUAAGUGCUAACCUGGGGGAACAGUGUAGGAAUCAACAUUACGAAUUUCUGGCAUGUAUGAUGUUGCUAUCAAAUUGUAUAAUAUGUAAAGCCAAUUGUGAUCAGGGAAGCAUAGUUUUAUAUAAUUUGUGUAUUGAUUUAGAUCUGAUUCAAUUUGCUGUGUUGUAAUAUUUAGCCUCUCUUGAGUUAAUGAUUAUUAAUAAAAGUGUUGUAAUUAA